AUGACGAUAGCACUACAAGACUUGGGAUACGGAGAGGUGUACCACAUGAGAUCCGCUUAUGCCAGCGAAAGGGAUGUUGAGCUAUGGAUACAAGCCUUGGAAGCGAAGUACGAAGGCAAAGGAUCCCCUUUGGGCAGGGAGCAAUGGGACUCAAUCCUCGGUCAUUGCGAGGCUACCACCGACAUCCCUGGUGCGUUCUUUGCCACAGAGCUGGUUGAGGCGUAUCCCGAGGCCAAAGUCAUCCUGACUACACGAACGCCGGAAAGCUGGCACGCGUCGAUGAUGCAGACUACCUGGGCAGUCUACCAAGACCGAGUGCGAUGGAUUGCUGCCAAGUUGGACGGUCCAACUUCACGACGCCGCCGCAUGAGCGACUUGUUUUUCCAGCAUUUCUUCGGUCACAAUUUUCCCCGUACUGGUAAAGAGGUCUUCAUUGAGCACAAUGUUGCUGUCCGGCGUCUUGUACCGGCCGAGCAUUUCCUGGAACAUCGGGCAACGGACGGCUGGGAGCCUUUAUGCAAAUUCCUUGGUAAAGCUGUUCCGCAAGACAAGGCAUACCCAAACACAAACGAUGUGAAGUCCUUCCGUUCGAGGUUCCAAGCAAUGAACAAAGGAAUUUUCAUCCAAGUCCUGACGUCGUUGGCCCCGAAGGCGGUACCGAUCGUAGCCAUCACUAGCAUAUUGUGCUGGAUGUUCUGGGCAAGUAUUUAG